CCGCGAUUGGCCGGCGGGGCUGGAGGCGCAGACCGGCUUCUCGCGGCUGGGUGAAGCAACCCUGGCCGGGUGACUCUCGUCCCCAGUUGACGACUGUCCCACGGCCCACCGUCUCCCGAUGGAUGACAGAGGCUCGCUGGCCUUCGAAGGGGAUCGUAGCUGCCUGUGCCAGGGCCUGUCCUCAGCCCGCAGACACCUCAGCAGAAGGAAUGGACUUUCGAAACUCUGCCAGAGCAGGACGGCGCUCUCCGAAGACAGAUGGAGCUCCUACUGCCUGUCGUCACUGGCUGCCCAAAAUAUUUGCACAGGCACCCUGUGCUGCCUGCCCGCAGCCGAGCAGGUGGACCCGGCUACGUCCCUGGGCAGCAUGUCCUGCUGCUCCCUGCUGCGUGGCCUGUCCUCGGGCUGCUCCACGCCCCUGCCUCCCGCCACCACGGGCAACCCAAACAAGGCCGUCUUCACUGUGGACGCCAAGACCUCGGAGAUCCUGGUUGCCAAUGACAACGCGUGCCGGCUCCUGGGGUACAGCAGCCGCGACCUGAUUGGCCAGCAGCUCACGCGGUUCUUUCUGAAGCCAGACUCUGAUGUGCUGGAAGCCCUGAGCGAGGAGCACGUGGAGGCCAACGGCCACGUCGCCGUUGUGUUUGGCACGGUGGUGGAUGUCCUGAGCCGCAGCGGGGACAAGACCCCAGUGUCUGUGUGGAUGAAGAGGGUGAAGCAGGAGCAUAGCCGGUGCUGCGUGGUCGUGCUGGAGCCCGUGGACAGGGUCUCGGCCUGGGUGGCCUUCCAGAGCGAUGGAGCCAUAACGUUGUGUGACAGUCCCUUUGCUCAGCUGCACGGCUACACAUCCGAGGAGGAAGUGGUCGGGCAGUGUAUCACAGACCUGAUCCCUUCCGUGCAGCUCCCUCCACCUGGUGAGCACCUCCCACAGAAUCUCAAGAUUCAGAGGUCUGUUGGAAGAGCCAAGGACGGCACCACCUUCCCUCUGAGCUUGAAGCUGAAAUGUGGACCCAGCAGCGAGGAGGCAGAAGGCGGUCAGGUGGCCCCCGAGCAGAGCUACACGGCGUCUGUCUGGGCGUUCUCCACCAUCAGUGGCCUCAUCACCCUCCUGCCCGAUGGCACCAUCUAUGGCAUCAACCACAGCUUUGCGCUGACGCUGUCUGGUUAUGGGAAAUCUGAGCUUCUGGGCAAGAACAUCACCUUCCUGAUCCCUGGGUUCUACCGCUACAUGGACGUGGCGUACGGCAGCUCCAGCCCCAUCUCACCACUUGGCCUGGCCAAUUGCAUGCACGUGGGCACCCAGACUGGGCCUGGGGAGACGACUGAGGACCCCCGGCAGGGCUGGAACCCUGCAGGCGAGGCCAAGGAUCCAGGGGUUAAUGACAUGCUUGCCAACGGCCACAUACUGCCACGACAUGAGACUCUAACACCAGUGGGAAACCAAGAAGCCGUCACUGGGUUCCGGGCUCAAGCGGACACUGGAGGCCGUCUUUCUUCUCCUCUCCCAUCUCCACCCACUCCGGAAGUGGACAGUGUCCCAGAAGGAAGCCCACCAGCCCAGGAACAGUCGUUCGAGAACCAGCAGAAUGUCCCAAAAGGAAGCCCGCCAGCCUAUAGCCAGCGGUCAUUGUCCGAGGACCCGCGGAACGUCCCGGAAGGAAGCCCACCAGCCCAGGAACAGUCUUUGUUCGAGAGCCAGCAGAAUGUCCCAGAAGGAAGCCCGCCAGCCCAUAGCCAGCGGUCAUUGCCUGAGGACCCGCAGAACGCUGUCUUGGAGGAGGAGGAACCCACAGCAACAGAGAGGCUUGGACAGGACCUUUUGGGAGGAAGCAGGCCCAACUACGUGGACACGAGACCACUUGUCCCCUGUGGAGGCUCUGAAGCUCUGAUCCCAUGCGAGGACAGGAGCAGUAGUGUGGAAAUGUGGGGGCUGUCCCAGGAAGCACAGCUGGAAGGGAUGGGUUUGCACAGGGCCAGCCUUUCAAACCACCAAGGUGACUCCACGGGGCAGCCGGCUGGGGACAGCCUCCUGAUGCUGCAGCCUGGGUCUGGGGGUGAGCAGAGCGCACCCCAGGGGAGCCUGGCCUUGGCCCCCAGCCUCUCUGGGGCUCAACUCUCAUCCGCACCUACUUUGGAGGAGCUGUGGCUGAAAGCGCAGAACGACAGGGAGGAGCUGCAGACUUGCUUAAUUAAGGAGCAGCUGUCCAGGCUGAGCUUUGGGGGACCUUUGGGCGCAUCCUACGUCGGGCCGGUCCCAGCCGAGCACCCCCCGUUCUCCUCCCCUGUGUCGCUGUGUGACCUGGGAGGCAAAGACCUGUAUGGAGGCCACUCAGGCAGCUCCUCAGCCUGCUAUGCCCGAGCCACAGACCUCCCCGGGGUCCUGGACACAGUGGAGGCCCGGGAAGCUGAUGGGAAUUCAUUUUCCUGGAACCUCAAGGAACUCUUUAUUAGUGAACGGACAGACCGAAGUUCUUCAAACUGUUCCUGCACCUCGUCUGAGCUCGUGGGGACAGCCUCUCCCCCGCUGCAGGGCUCCGAGGUAGACAUGAGCACUGUGCGCAGGCAGAGGUCAGAGGUUCUGGACGACCGAGAGCUGUUACUGCUGACGGGCACCUGUUUCAGGCUUGGCGAAGGCUGGGGGCUCCGGGAGACCUGCCUGGGCCUCGAUGGGACCGAACUGUCUGACAUCUGUUUGGUGUCCUCGGAAUGUGAUGAUGUGAGUGGCAGAGAGAGCGCAGGCGGCAUCGUUCCCAUGUUGGGAGCCGGCCCUGUGGACACGUGCCCAUUAGAGGAGCCCAGGCACAGCGUCCAGGUCACCUCCACGCCUGUGAGAGAGGGGAGCGCGGCAUCGCCCAGGGCCACCGGUCUGCAGGGCGACAUCCAGGAGGGCACUUACGAGGGGAGCUGCCGCCACCGGGACGGCUCGCUGCUGAGUGUGCACUUCCAGGUGAAGCGGGUGGAGCUCCAAGGCCCCGCGCCCCUCUUCUGCUGCUGGCUGGUGAGAGACCUGCACGGCCCCCAGGCCUCCACCCCACGGACCCGCCUGCUCCUGGCCAGCCGGCCCAGUGCCAGCCACUCGGUGUGCGAGCUCCCUGGACCCAGCGUGGGGGAAGUGCUCAGAAGCCAACCUUGGUUUGAGGAGUCCCCCAAGGGUGGGGAGCUGGACGGGCUGGCGGCUUGCGAGGGUGCGUACUCGCACAAGUACCGCACGCUGAGCCCGCUGGGCAGCGGGGCCUUCGGCUUUGUCUGGACCGCGGUGGACAAGGAAGAGAACAAGGAGGUGGUGGUGAAGUUCAUUAGGAAGGACAAGGUUUUGGAGGAUUGUUGGAUCGAGGACCCCACACUUGGAAGAGUCACGUUAGAGAUCGCAAUUCUGUCCAGGGUGGAGCACGCCAACAUCAUCAAGGUCUUGGACGUAUUUGAGAACCGAGGGUUCUUCCAGCUGGUGAUGGAGAAGCAUGGCUCCGGCCUGGACCUCUUCUCAUUCAUCGACUGCCAUCCCAGCCUGGACGAGCCGCUGGCGAGUUACAUCUUCCGACAGCUGGUGUCAGCAGUGGGGUACCUGCGCUCCAAGAGCGUCAUCCACCGGGACAUCAAGGACGAGAACAUCGUCAUUGCCGAGGACUUUACGAUUAAGCUCAUCGACUUCGGCUCCGCUGCCUACCUGGAAAGGGGCAAAUUGUUCUAUACGUUUUGUGGCACGAUCGAGUACUGUGCGCCCGAGGUCCUCCUGGGUAAUCCGUACGGGGGGCCGGAGCUGGAGAUGUGGUCACUGGGAGUCACACUGUACACACUGGUCUUUGAGGAGAACCCCUUCUGCGAGCUGGAGGAGACCAUGGAGGCUGCAAUGAACCCCCCAUACAUGGUGUCGCAAGAUCUCAUGAACCUCAUAUCUGGGCUGCUGCAGCCUGUCCCCGAGCAGCGCACCACCUUGGAGAAGCUGGUGACAGAUCCCUGGGUGACACAGCCUGUGAACCUUGCUGACUACACCUGGGAGGAGGUGUGUCAAGUAAACAAGCCAGACAGCGGAGUUCUGUCCAUUGUGAGUCUGGAGACGGGGAGCAGGACCCCAAGCACCGUGGCCUCGGACCCCAAGCACCGUGGCCUCGGGCCCCAGGGGAGUCCCCUAACGAUGGCUUCACUCAGCCAGGAGAUCGCGUUGUUUUCCGGCGCUUCCAUUCAGAGAAAGUAAUUCUCAAGAAUUAGGCCUAGUUCAUCUCCUAAAAACACCUGUGUGAGUUUGAUAAAUGCUAGAACAAAAAGCCCAGGAAUACGGUAUCAUUUUAGGUUUAUAAAAUAGACUUGGAGUUCAUUUUUUUCAUGACUUUGAAAAAACACUGUAGUAUUCAGUUGAGUUUUGUACUAUUAGAGGGCAUUUCAUUUGUGAACUUCUGAAAGGCAUCAAUAAAUUUGUAAAUCUCUUUCUA